AUGGUAAACUUUUAUCGCCGGUUCCUACCGAACUGUGUCGACCAUAUGCUGCCACUCACCGACUUGCUCUCUGGUCCCAAGGGUCUACUUGAGUUACGUGGCCACGCGCUGACUGCUUUUAAGCGACUAAAGACCUCCUUUGCUGAUGCUACCUUGCUCACUCAUCCUGCCCCAGAAGCCCCAUUGCCCCUGAUGGUUGAUGCUUCGACCGUUGCCGUAGGAGCAGUCCUCCAACAGCAUAUCAAAGACUCGACACGACCGCUGGCAUUCUUCUCCAAGAAGCUUUCACCUGCCGAGACGAGAUAUAGCACGUUUGGCAGUGAACUUCUUGACAUUUACCUAGCCGUAAAUCAUUUCCGACACUUCCUUGAGGGUCGUGACUUUACAAUUUUCACAGACCACAAACCACUUACAUUUGCCAUCCGAUCCCAUUCUGACAAAUAUAACCUGAGAGAGAUUUCUCAUUUGGAUUACAUCUCGCAAUUCACAACCGACAUCCGCCACAUUGAUGGCCCGAAGAAUGCGGUGGCCGACAUGCUGGUCAAACCUUCCCUCUCGGCGUUUCACCUCUCACACGGGAUUGAUCUUGGGGCUAUGGCGGCUGAACAACGACGUGUUGGAUGA